AGACAUCUUAUCAACUUCUUCCUCCGUUUUUUUCUUCUCCACUUUAUUCACAUUUUUUCUUACAUGUCUUUGCUUUUGUCGUUUUGGUGUUAUUGCAUUCAAGUGAUUCCUCCACAUUUUUAGCAUAACUUCAUGUUAUCAAGCUUUGUUUCCUUUUGUUAUUUCCCCAUUUUUGGUCAUUUAUGCCACUAUCAUACAAUACAUGAAUCAUUUUCUUCCCUCAAAAUUUACAUCAAAGAUGACAUGAUCAAAAAAAAUGAGAAAAUAAUAAAAGGAAAUAAAGCUUGGUAAGUGUACAAAGGAAGUUAUCAUUGAGAAGUGCUAAAAAUGUGGAGGAGUCCCUUGAAAGCAGUAGCCCCAAAACGACAAAAGCAAAUACAUAUAAGAAAAGAAAUGUGGAUAGUGGAGAAAGUGGAUAGUGUACGCAAUGGAUCUAAGGAUUUACAGAGAGAGCUAAAUGAGAUCAAGGAGACACAUAAUCGUCAAGGGGUGUUAAUUAAAAGGAUUUUGGAACUCCUUGAGCCACAGAAUGUAGAGAAUAAGGAAGGAGUUGAUAAAAUGGCUGAAUCUAGAGAGGAAAUAAAGAAUCUGGGAGGCUUUAAAGAUGAUCGUCCACAUUCUUGUCGUUAACACCAACUCAGAAAGGUAUUGUAUCUAAAGACAUGGGGAUUCCAAGUGUUGAAGAAAGUGAGGCAGUGCAUCAAGGGAAUUACGGUGUACAUGUAAUAGAGAAGCAGUUCGAUGUGGGUUACAAGCAUCAGCCAAUCUUCGUUUGAGUUAACAGAGUCGUAGUAUGAUAUGGAAGACCUAAAGAAAAUGGACGAGGUUGUGGAAAGUAUAGUUAAUAGUGGGAGUGUCAAUAAAAAGGUUAUGAAGUAUGGCAGUGGACAUUAGUAUGAGGAAGGCAAUGAUGAAACAAUGAAGAGUGCACUACCAAAAGAAAAAAGUCAGAAAUAGCCAAGCAAAAUUUCAAUGAAAAUAAAUAAAAAGCAAUCACGCACAGAAACUGCUACGAUAGUUAGAACUGUAUACAAUGCACUAUUAUAAUACACUACGUUGAGUUAUUGUGCAAACUAACUUUUGCUUUUGUGUUAGCUAUACACUGCUAUGGAAGAGGUGCCAUGCGUGGAGAUCGAAAAACCAAAGAGAAAGCUGAAAGGUCCUAACAAGUUCACACCAGAAAAAAUAGAGAAAACGAGAAUGAAGCUAGAAAAAAAAUAUGGAAAUGUUGUAUGGUUCGUACUCAUUGGAGCCAAAGAAACUGCCUCCACAAGAAGAGGUGGAGAAUGUGGCGAAUUAUUUAAGACGGGUCUUUUGAAAAUAAAAGCAAAGACACAUGACAAGUAUAAAAAGAAUUUUAAAAACAUGGGACGCAACCCUCUAAACCUUGAAGGGUUCAAGGGGAAAAGCAAGGCAUGACUUUAUGAACUGUUUGUGAUGGAGAGUGGCUGCGUAGCACGGUAAAAUCUAUACUUGUGAUUUUAUACUCAGUAUAUGUAUGUGUUAAGAAAUGUUUCUAUUACACUGUGUCACUGAAUGGUAGUUUAUUGUAGUAACAGUGACUUAUUAUUUUGGCAGCAUACUGAGGCGACAAUGUACUUCUUGGAGUUAAAAAGGGUCUAGUUCAAAAUACCAUACACCUAUGCCAUUGUUUCUUCUUUUUUCAUGCAUGUACUAAAAGAACAUUAUGAGA